CAAUGCAAACCCUGAGCUAGCCAGCGGCCGGCCGUAGCCUCUCGUUGCGCUGGCUCACGUGCGCCACGAUAUUCACAUUGGGCGUCGAGGCCAGCGCGCCGUGCCGUGGCGCCCUGUGCUUAUAUAUAGCUAGCCGUCGACCUGCCUCUUCUCCAUCGAGGGGAAUCAGGGAGAGAAUGAGAGAUUAGUGAAUCCGGCCGCAGAGCUAGCUCUUGCUACGUAAUUCUUGCUAGAUAGUAGGUAGCUAGCAAGCGGGGGCCUCAAGUGCAGGCUAGCUAGCCGGCGGCGGCGAGCCGGUGACGAUGAAGAAGGAGGACCUCGAGUCGCCGCUGCUGUCCGACGGCGAUCCGGCGCCGGCGGACUCCGAGGGCGGCAGCGGGUACGCGCUUGUCUGCGCCCUCCUCGCCUCCCUCACCUCCAUCAUCUUCGGCUACAACCGCGGCGUGAUGAGCGGGGCGCAGAAGUACGUGCAGGAGGACCUGGGCGUCACCGACGGGCAGCUGGAGGUGCUCAUCGGCGCUACCAGCAUCUACUCCCUCGUCGGCUCGCUGGCGGCGGGGUGGACCUGCGACCGCGCGGGCCGCCGCCGCGCCGUCGCCCUCUCCGCGGCCAUGUUCCUCGCGGGCUCCGCCGUCACCGCCGCCGCCAACGGGUACGCCGCGCUCAUGGCGGGGCAGCUCGUCUCCGGCGUCGCCUGCGGGUUCGGACUCGUCGUCGCGCCCGUCUACAUCGCCGAGAUCGCGCCGGCGAGCUCGCGAGGGUUCCUCUCCUCCAUCCCCGAGAUCGCCAGCAACUCGGGCAUCCUGCUCAGCUACAUUGCCGACUUUGCGCUCGCGGACCUCCCCACGAUGCUCAGCUGGCGGCUCAUGAUCGGCAUCGGCGCCGUCCCGCCGCUGUUCCUCGCGGUCGCCGCGGUGCUCGCCAUGCCGGAGACCCCGCGCUGGCUGGUCCUCCACGGCCGCCCCGACGAGGCCCGGCGCGUGCUGGCGCGCAUGGCGGGGGGCGCCGACCGCCGGCUCCAGGAGAUCGUGGCCUCCGUCCGGGAGGCGUCGUCCAAGAGCGCCGGCGAGUCGUCGCCGGGCGUGUGGCGCGAGAUCUUGCUCCGCCCCACGCCGGCCGUGCGGCGCGUGAUGGUGGCCAUCCUCGGCCUGCAGGUGUUCCAGCAGGCGUGCGGCGUGGCGGCGAUGAUCCUGUACGCGCCGCGGGUGUUCAGCCACGUCGGCAUCACCUCCGACCGCGCGGUGCUCGGCGCCACGGUGCUCCUCGGCGCCGUCAAGACGGUGGCCAUCGUGGUCCCGCUGUUCCUCGCCGACCGCCUCGGCCGCCGGCCGAUGCUGCUCGCCAGCGCGGGGGGCAUGGCCGCGUCGCUCCUGGUCCUUGGGUUCUCGGUGCGCGCGGCAGCCACGUGGUGGGCGGCGGCGACGUGCGUGGCGGCGGCGGCGGCGUUCAUGGCGUCGUUCUCGCUGGGGUUCGGGCCGGUGAUCUGGAUGUACGCGUCGGAGAUCCUGCCGCUGCGGCUGCGCGCGCAGGGCACCGGCAUCGGGACGGCGCUGAACCGUGUGAUGAGCGCGGUGGUGGGGAUGACCUUCAUCUCGAUGUACGAGGCGGCCGGCAUGGCCGGGACCUUCUACAUCUUCGCGGCGCUCACGGCGGCGGCGUGGGUGUUCGUCUACUCGUGCCUGCCGGAGACCAAAGGGAGGAGCCUCGAGGAGAUAGAGGAGCUCUUCGACGCUGCCGGUGCCAAGAAGCCCUCGCCAGGGGCGACGGUCUCGUGAUCCGGACAGAGGCAGCGAUUAUGCGUCGUUAAACGCCAAGGUUUCGUUCAAAUCAAAAUUUGCAAAUAAAAUUGGACACCAACAAAACAAAAUAAGUACAGUACGUCGUUCAUAUAAAAAUUUACAAAUAAAAUUACACACCGACAAAGCAAAAUAGUAUAUUACUAGUAACAAUAAUUAUUAGGAGUGCAUAUGUUGUCGAUGCUCUUAAAAAUGAGGGCUGCUUAGAGUGAAGUGGCACUUAAAUUGAAGAAGCAGGGUAUCUUGUAAGAAACUAGCAAGUUGCCUGUGCAAAUAGGGCGGUUAGCUAGUUUUUUUUACCAAUCUUUAUAUUUUUGUAGAUGAAGUCCAUGCAUUGUAAUUCUUUUUUAGAUGGACCCAACUGCUGGGUCAUCUAUAUUUUUUUACACCAGCUAUAUAUAUUUUGUGAACUACUUUGAGAAUAUGAAUUUAGAAGAAAAUAGCAUAUCUUAUAUAGGAAUAUAUAUUUUUAUAUUUUCA